GGCCGCGGGCCGGGCAUGGAGCGGUGGGUCGGGGCCGCCGGGGGCUGGGAUUCGCUGUGGGGAGCCGGCUGGGGCCGAUGGCCGUGCUGGGAGCUCCUGGCCGCCUGCGCCGUCAUCGGCGCCGUGGGCUGGCUGCUGCGGCUGCGGGACAGGAGGCCGGGCGGCCGUCGGGCGGCGGCCGCCAUCUCUUCCCCGACCCCCGUGGCGUCCCCGGCUCCCCGCUCCGGCCCGGCGCCGCUCGCCCCGGGGAGCCAGCGCUGCAGCGGGAGCCGCCCAGGUGAGAUAACAAUGGAUACAAUAUUGUCCCGAUUAAAGAAGCUCAGCCACGAUGACCUUAGAGAAGAGAUUGUGAGAGCAGGACUGAAAUGUGGGCCCAUUACUGCAACUACGAGGUUUAUUUUUGAAAAAAAAUUGGCUCAGGCACUGUUGGAACAGCAAGGAGCAUUGGAGGAGGAAGGGGCUGCUCUGUCAGAGGAGGCUGCUGGAAAUGUUCCGGUGAAUCACAACAGCCAUGGAAGUGCUGCUGAGGAGGCAGACUUUGGGUACUGUGUGGGUCUGAACCCUCCAGAAGAAGAUGCUGUGACACACGUGAACUGUUCAGCUCCUGCCUGUGGUGCUGAUUCACAGAUCACUGCUCAGACACCGUCCAGAGAUCCUCCACUAUUCUAUGGUGUUUGCCCAGUUUAUGAUGACAUACUGGCAAGGAAUGAGAGAAUACACGUUUAUGAAGAUAGGAAGGAGGCUCUCCAGGCUGUUAAGAUGAUUAAGGGUUCCCGUUUUAAAGCUUUUACAAACAGAGAGGAUGCUGAGAAAUUUGCUAAAGGAAUUUGUGAUUAUUUCCCAUCUCCAGGCAAAUCUUUAUGUUUGUCUCCAGUGAAAAUGGGAUCAUUUAACAGAGAUGGUUUAUGCUCCCCUGAGAGCGAGACUGUGAAUAAGGAGAGAGCCAACAGCUACAAAAGUCCACGGACUCAAGAUCUCACAGCAAAGCUUCGGAAAGCUGUUGAGAAAGGAGACACAGCAACGUUUUCAGACCUUAUUUGGAGUAACCCUCGUUACCUGAUCGGGUCAGGAGACAACCCAACAAUUGUACAGGAAGGAUGUAGGUACAAUGUCAUGCAUGUUGCUGCCAAGGAAAAUCAGCCUGCUAUCUGCCAGUUAUUGCUGGACACUCUGGAAAAUCCAGAAUUUAUGCGGCUGAUGUACCCAGAUGAUAACAAUGUCAUGUUGAAGAAACGCAUCCAAUAUAUUGUUGACCUUUACCUGAACACUCCAGAUAAAAUGUGGUUUGAUACUCCAUUGCAUUUUGCCUGCAAGUUUGGGAAUUUGGAUGUGGUUAAUGUGCUUACCUCACACCCAGCCAUUGUAAAAAAUCCAAGAAACAAAUAUGAUCAAACUCCAGCAGAAGUAGUUUGUGAAAGAAGCAAGAACAAAUCUGCUGAAUUGAAAGAAAAGAUAAGAGAGUACUUGAAAGGUCGCUAUUACGUCCCACUCCUGAGGGCAGAAGACAAUUCCUCAGCUCCGGUCAUUGGGGCACCGUGGUCGCCCGACCAGACGGACGAUGGCUCCCAGAGAACUUGGCCUAAAUACCCUGGCAGCCCCAAAGACCCAGUGCUGUCCAUCAGAGCUUUCGCAGGCCCCAUGAGCCCCUCGAAGGCUGAAGAAUUUCGCAGGCUGUGGAAGACUCCACCUCGAGAGAGAGCUGGCUUCUUCCACAAUGUCAGGAAAUCUGAUCUGGAGAGAGGUGUUGAAAGAGUUGGAAGGGAGUUAGCUCAUGAACUGGGGUUCCCGUGGGUUGAAUACUGGGAAUUUCUGGGCUGUUUUGUUGAUCUGUCUUCCCAGGAGGGGCUGCGAAAAUUAGAAGAGUACCUGAGUCAUUGUGAAAUGAGCGAAAAGGCUCAGCCAGAAACAGGGGAAAAUGAAACCUGCAAUAGAUAUAAAACUCCACAUCCCUCUGGCAAAAGUAAAAAGUUCUGCAAUUCUAUUUCUGUUGGAGCAUUUUUGGAUGAGGAUGAUGAUGACAUGAGUUUAGAAGAAAUUAAAAACAGACAAAAUGCAGCACGAAAUAUCAGCCCCAUUCUGGUGUCCAAGGAGCCCAGCAUUGAUGCCAUUGGAGAUGCUGAGUGUGAUAUCCUGUCCAUGGAGCAUGCAGGAAACAUCAUCGAGACCUCAGCUCACCCUCGGCACUAUGAGAAGGGAGCUGCUGCCAGCAAAAAUGGGUUUUGCAGUCCCGUGUCCAGUGAAAGGAUCAUCAGUGACAGAAAGCAGCUGCAUGAUGGGUCAGAAUGCUUCAUGUCACCCAUUUCCAAUCUGAUGUCAGAAUUUGAAAGUCUGUCAUUCCAAGAACAAGAGGUUGCAGGAGUAUCUCAUAAAAUCACUGAAAAAACUCAGAAUGAGGGAAUUCUGGACAAGACCUGCUCUGCAGUGUCACUGGCAAGUUCUUCUGAGCCAAGUGUUACAGGAAAACAUGGAGAGACCACAUUAAGGACAGACUACAAAAUAUCAUUUGAAAAGGAUAGAGUGUCCAGAGAAUCUGGAAUUCAGACUAAGGAGGCACAACAACGUCAAGAACUUUCUUCCCAGAAGUUUCUUUUGAAGACUUCACCCACAAACGACAAUUUAAAGUUAUUCCUUCUUGGGGAGCAGCCCUCGAAGCUGGAUGGUGAUGUCUUAGCAGCUAUAGAAGGGGCAGAGAUUGAUCCCCAGAAAUUCCCAAUGAUUUACAAAUGGAAACACGCAGUGCAGUCCUACUCCUCAUCUGACAGGCAAAGUUGGCCAAGUCCAGCAUUGAAGGCAAGAUUCCAGUCCCAACCCAUCCCUGCUGGCCUUCCAAAUGCUUCAGUGUAUCCUGGUUCAGGAAGAAACAGUCCCAUACCAGGAAGUCCAGGAAAACACGGCAGCGCUGCCUCGUUCCCUGCAGAGCCGGGGAGCCCUGGGCGCUACAGCCCCGCCUGUGUCCUGCGCUACUUCACAGAGCCUCCUGCCCACUAAAAUACACCUCAUCUUCCCGGGACUUAGUUCUGUUUUCAUUGUUAGAGUGGAGGAAGAACUACAAUGUUACUAAGGUGACAUGAGGUUUGUACUUGGCUAUUUAUUUUUCCUCAAUUGAGGACAACUGUAUGUUUAAAAAAAUGGAAUAUAUGUCUUAAUGCCAUAUACAAGGUAGAUUAUUCCUGGUGAUAAGCAAGAAGUUUGUGACAGUGCAGUUGUCCAGUAGCUGUAUUAACCCUUGCUGCCACUACCACAGUGGGCUGAAUUGUCCCUUAGCAAUGGUGGUAUUUGCUAUCACUACUUAUCCUCAUUGUAAUGAACACACAGCCCUCAACUGCCUUUCUUGACCUUGGACAGUGGAGGAAAUGCAUCAUCAGCAAAUAGAACGGGAGAGGAGAUUGAUGGCAGGAAGUGAAACAUUCUCCUGCAUGCAGGGGGAAAAGCCUAAAGAAUGCCUGGGAAUGCAAGGAGACCUUUGCAGAAUGGAAUAGGGAUGUGAAAGCCUGUGCAGAAAGCAGAGAGUUUCCAGCCAGCUGCUCUGGGCAGUUGAUUCCCACACCCACCCUCACCUGUCUGUCCGUGUGUGUGUGCACAGAUUGGCACAGAGACCCUCGAGUCUCUGCUUCUUCUGAGGCUCUCACAGACACUGAGAUCUACUGAGUGCUUUAGAAACAGGGCACUGUAGAAACUACUGGGGUUCCUUUAAGUGCUAGUGGGAAGAUUUAAGAAAAAUUAAAAAUUAGGUGGUUAUUUUUUCCCCAGAGAAGCUGUUAACACUAGCAGAUUUGAAUAGUUAUUACACAAAAGCACAUCAGCAAUAAUCUCAGCAAAUUUACCAGCAAGAUACCUUACCUUAAUGGUCUAGUUUGUAAUAUAUUAGCACGGUAGCCAGGGGCUCAGGAGGUGGCUAUUUCCCAGCUGUAAAGAGAGAGGACUAAGGACAAAAUAUUUUUAUGAAAUCUGAGCUUUUACUCUGUCUCAAGUGUUGAUGUGGUAAUGAGUUUUUGUUACAGCAGUCAAUAAUUUUAUUCUGCAGCCUUCUGCAAGAAUGACUUGUUUUGACAGCAUGAUGCUGAGAAUAAGGAAGCUUUUCAAAACUCCAGAGAGUUUUCUGUAUCAAGCCUAGUGCUUGUAACGUUGCAUGAAAGGCUUCCAGAAACAGCUCUCUAGGUUAAAAAAAAAAGAAAAAAAAAGAAAGACCUAUCUAUUGUUAGAAGAUAAAUCCGAUCAGAAAAUGAAGAAGCUCUGCAGGGCUGUGCUGGUGAGAAGGGAUGGAUGAGGACGGGCUGGUGCCCCAGUCAGUGAGACCUGGCAGGGCUGGAAGGGAAGGGCACCGAGUUCAGCGGGCGGGAGGCAGGAGGGGCCGGGCCGGCCCAUUGCAGUCCCGGCUGCACACACGGCACUGACUGUUCUACACAGCUCCGCGAUUGGUACAAACCUAAACACUGCACUUAACGCUUUUGCAAGCUCAGUAGUGCCUUUUGUAAUAUAUUUUUUUAAUUAAAUUUUUUGUUCUUUUAGAAGUUUUUUAAAAAAAGUGGCAUCCACUUACUAUGGGCAGAUAAAAUACAGAAUUACUCUGGGCUUUCUGAACAGGAUGUCUUUUAAUGUCUCUAAGUUGGAUUAUUUGGUGUGGUAGCUCUCCACAGGGGGAGAUACUCCUCUUUUAGAAAUUACCUUAAAAAAAAAACCAAAAAAACCAAACAAACAAACAAAAAAAAAACAACAAAAAAAGCUUACUUUGCUCUUUUGUUAAAAUUGAACCCAGUUCCAUGUCCAUGGAGCUGGACAUUAGAAAGAGCUACUUUACGUAAAUCCUUCUCAUCCAGUCAUAUUCCAGACAAGUACCAGGGGCCUGGGGGGUGUCAUACUUUAGGAAACAUGUUUUAAAAAUCCCCAGAAUCAAAAAAUAUAACCUUCUGUUACCAGGUGUAUUGACUGACUUUUUCACAGUUUAAAAAAAUUUUAUGUAGCAGACUCCAUGGUCUCAAAAUAUUUUAGUAUCUUACCUACCCACAGUUUAAUCCAAAAGGUUUGAGAUUGGGGUUUUUUUUUUUUGUUUGUUUGUUUUGGCUGGUUGGUUGGGUUUUUAAAAUAAUUUAAUGUAAAUUGCAUCUUUAUCAUUCUGGAGAAACUGAUCAUCUGAUGUAGUUGUCCAAUACCAUGUUAGAGCCAAACUGCUGGGGUAAGUUGCUGUGGGUGCAGCUGCUGUUCUUCACCCUGGUCCCCUUUUGCUAAGAGUUUAUUCCUGAGCCAGGAGACUGAUACUAACACUCUAGUUCUCUGUCCUUUUUACCUUUAUUAUGCUUUGCUUUAUUGUUUUAAUAUUUAAAUGUAUGUUACUAGCGUGUACAUGUAGCAGACACCCUCCACACCCUCCCCCUCUACUCACACACCCACCACACCUUGCCUUUCACUUUGUAACUGUUUUGGUUCAGUCAGGAGAGCAUUUUUUAACUGUGUUAUAUAAUGUGCAUUAGUCCCAUUGUACUGCACUUAAGAGGUCAUUUUUCUAACACUGUGUUACUUCAGCUAUGACAAAAAUAGCAAUUUAUGCAGCAAUUUGAUAAUUUGUGAUUUUGUGAAGAAAGCCCUUCAACACUGAGCCUGUGGAGACACUUUAAAUCAGAGUGAUAGUGCUUGAAUUGUGUUUUCUUGGCCAAAAGUUCACUUUUAAAGGUGCAAAAAAUUAGUUGUGUUUUUGUUGGUUGUUUUUUAAUUAGCAAAGUGUCAUGUUAAAAAUACAGAAGUAUCCCAGUUUCUAUUAAA